AUGCCUUCCAACGAGAGUAUCAAGAAUGCCGUAAAGCUGAUCGAAGGUGACAAAUCCAAGGUCUUGCGCUUCAACAUGGGCAAGCACACCAAUGUCGAAACGGGAAAAUAUAUCCCAAAAGCUGAGGCACAAACGGAACCAGAGCUGUUCAUCACCACUUCGUCUUCGACUGGGACUUAUAUCGCCAUUGGCCUUGAUCUGGAUGCUCCCUUCCCAGGGUUCUUCACCGCUCUAGGCCCCAUCUUGCACUGGAUUCAACCCGGGUUGAAGGCCGGCCCAGACGGCAAGCUUACAUCCAGCGAUCCUUUCAUUGCUGAUUAUAUCGGGCCAGCACCCCCACCCGGCAGCUCCCCGCAUCGGUACAGCUUCUUCCUGUAUGAGCAGCCUGAGGGACUUGACAUCCAGAAAUAUGCUCCAGCGGGAGGCAAGAAGCUUGGUAACUGGAACCGAAUGAGAUUCAGUCUGGACAAUUGGGAGAAAGAGAUCAAACUCGGCCCGCUUGUAGCUUUCAACUACUUCAACAGCAACUAG